CGACGCGACAUUUAAAGUGGAACGGAAUAUUCGAAUAAGGAACAGCGAAAAAGGAUCCUACCAGUCUCGUCCCAUAUGAGCUGUUUCCAGUUCUGACAGGUGUUACCAGCACUUCUCUGACGAAUCCAAGGUGUGUAGGCGUCUGGCGUCUGAGAUGUAGGCCUAAUUUGGUCCUGUAGCCUGCCUACCACUAGCCUACCACUGGAGUAUUGGAGCGAUUUGGUUUCUGCUGUUCAGUCAUGGAGAAUCGUAUAUCCAUUAUCCUUCUAGGAAAAGCUGGAGUUGGUAAAAGUGCUUCAGCAAACACAAUUUUAGGACAAACAGCAUUUGAUUCAGGACAAAUAACCAAACAAAUCUAUGUAGAAACAGGACCAGUGUUUGAAAAUCAGAUAACAGUGGUAGACACUCCAGGAAUAUUAGGAUCAGAGCAACAGAUUGACAUCUUCUGCAAGGAUGUCCUCAGGUCUGACAGACCUCUUCUGAUCCUGCUGGUGAUCAGAAUUGGACAGUUCACUGUGGAGGACUUGAAGGCUGUGGAGGCAGCGAUAAGAGUCAUUGGGGAUCAUAGGAUGGAAAACAGUUACCUGCUCUUAACAGGUGGAGAUUGUUUGAAGACUUCACUGGAUGAUUAUAUCAGGCAGAAUGGUUCACUCCAAGAUGUUGCCAGAAGAUUUUCAGGGAGAAUUCACGUGUUUAACAACGAAGACGGAGGAAGAGAGCAAGUCUCAGAGCUGCUACAGAAGACAAAAACUUGCCUGUUGCCCAAGGUGGAGCCAGUGCCCAGUGUGCAUCUCUGUGUUUGGUGUGACGGUUGCCAGAUGUACCCAAUCAACGGCCCCAGGUUUAAGUGCAGGGACUGUGAUAACUUUGACUUCUGUGAGAAGUGCUUCAAAACAUUCGAGCACAACAUCAGACACACCUUUUACAGGAUCGAUGACCCAGUAGUGAUCCCUCAGGUCACCGGAGGUCCGUGGAUGUCGAGGGCAAGGAGGCGAAACCUGCUGCAUCGCCUUCAUCAGCAACUAUCAUCAUCAGAUGACAAAGACAUCAAGGUAGAUGAACAGCUGGACCUUCAGAGUAGUAAUGCAGAGAACUCCCAGACCGCUGAAGACCCAGGGGUGUUAGGACAGAGGAGGCGGAGCCUGCUGCAGAGCCGCUUUGACCACCCACAUUUUUUGCCAUCACCACCACUAGAUCACAAAGAUAUCAAGGUGAUGGAUCCUCAAAGUAAGAAAGGUGAAGAGAAACUAGAGGAGGAACCAACUCUGAGGAUUGUGCUCGUUGGGAAGUCUGGCGUUGGGAAGAGUGCGACAGGAAACACCAUCUUAAGGAAAAAAGCUUUUAAGUCUAAGAUGUCUGUUACUGCACUGACCUGUCAGAAAGAAACAGCUCAGGUAGAUGGUGAAACACUGGCUGUAGUCGACACUCCUGAUCAGUUUCACACCAGGGGCAGUGAGGUGAAGAGGUGCAUCUCAUUUGCUGCUCCUGGUCCUCAUGUGUUCCUGGUCGUGCUCCAGCCGGGCCGUUUCACAAAAGAAGACAGAGACACAGUGAACAUCGUUCAGAUGACUUUUGGAGAUGCAGCCGCAUGCUUCACCAUGGUGUUGUUCACACAUGGAGACGAUCUGAAGGAGGAUGAAAUCACCAUAGAAGAAUUAAUUAGUGGAAAUCAAGCUCUCCGUGACUUCAUCAGUCAGUGUCAUGGAGGAUAUCAUGUUUUUAACAACAGAGACAAGGAUCCCUCUCAAGUCAGAGAGCUGAUGAAGAAGAUCAACACAAUGAUUCAGAGAAAUGGAGGAAGCUACUACACCAGUGAAAUAUUCAAAAGUGCUGAGAGAGACAUACAAAAAUAAAAAUGGAACAACUUCUGAGAAUCAAUGCAGAAUUGGAAUUGAGAUUGAGAAGAAAGGCAGAGAGAAAGAACUCAAACCCUUUCUG